AUGCGGAGCGUGUGCGUGGUCGCGGACGAGUGCGUACUCGUGGUGGCAGAGCACGUGGAACACGAGGUGGGGCACGUGGAACACGAGAUCGUCGACUUGGUCUUCCAUUACCGAAAGCUUAGCUGCUCCGCAACCACAGCCGAGUACGUCUUCGUUCAUAUUCCCCACUCAUUCCGGUGCAGGCUCGACGUGCUUUGUACCCUCUCCAGCAUUUACGGUAAUACGCCUCGAACGUCUCGGCACAAUGUACAUCGUACAUUGCGAGACGACGAAAUUGAAGAUUUCCUCAAUUAUGGCAGUGAAGAGGAGGAGGAUGAGGAUCUAUACGCCGACCUGCCCGUGCUGCCCAUCCCACGCACACUCCGCAUGCUGUUCGAGAGGGAGGAGGACUCUUCAAUCGAGGGUGUAGCCGCAGGGAGGAUGGAUGCGGUUCCGGAGAGCGCGGUGGAGAGGCCGAACAGCCUCUUCGAAUUCGAUUGGGUUCCGUUUUCACACACCCCAAUUAGCCCUGUUGCAAGAAGAGAUUCGUUUGUUGGACAAUGUGGUUCUACACGUGACACCAUAGUUAACGUAGAUUUCCUCACCAAACUUUAUUGUCCAUUUGUCUCACCGGCACCAUAUGUAGCAUAUAGACACGAAUCAGUGGUGAUGCCACGAAAGUAUCAAAAGGUGGUAAAGCCUUCGGCUUCCGUAAGAUUUGAUGGAUAUGACCAUUUACCUAGUUUCGAUGAUAUCAAGUCACCAAGAGCUUUGGAUGCUUUGCUGAUAUUGGAAAAUGUACCAGCCGAUCAACGAAGCUUGGAAACUCUCCUCAAGGCUUUGGAAGCUCGUUACGGUGAUAAGCAUCUGGAACACUACCACUUGUAUGCUGAUGACUUGCAGAUCUACCGUCAGGCACCUGUUGAUGAAGAAGAAGAAGUAUUAUGGAACCCCGGACAUAAAUUCCAUAAGGACAAGAAAAAAAUUCACGAUGCUUGGACGAAAAUUGGGAGUGACGAGAUAUAUGAACCCAUUUGGUUUGCAUACCAGAUAAUGGAGUCCUUUCUGCUGCCUGUUUAUACCAGUAGAGCUACACUCAACACAGAAGAGACACCAUCAACGUCAUCAGAAUCACAUGAUUCACAAAUAACAAAGGAACCUUUUGGAGAUGAAACAACACCGGAACUACAUGAAGCUAUCGACAACGAAAGAACUGAUAGCGAAGUGAUGGAAACAUUACAAUCGCCAAGGACUCCAACCUCACAGAUGCAGUCUACUCAAGCAAAAAAUAGCCGUCGUCGCUCAGUACCUAAUACAGCCGAGCAGCAAAUGGCUACAGCCUUCAGGCAAUUGACUUAUGUUUUAGGACAACGUCAAUCACAUACUACAAUUAAAGAAGAUGAUGACUGCGAUCUCUACGCCAAGCUUUUGGCUACAAAACUGCGAGAACUGUCCAAAGACGAACGUAAAUUAAUAAUGUAUGAAAUAGAUGGCAUAUUUGUUAAUAGAAUUCAGUGCAGGCUACCUAGACGUGAAACACCAUCUCCACUAUAUUCAAACCCAUAUUCUAGACCACCGUCAGUAUAGACUUCAUGCAGAUCACAAGCGAAGCGAAGCCGACCUUCAAGUACUUUAAGCUCAUAUUCCGAACCAAUUUCAAACAUUCAUGCAUCAAAUCAACCUGUUGAACUCUCAGAUCAACGCACAUCUAUUCAAUGUGCAAACGACCUCUUAAUGCAAACCCCAUCCUUUCAAUCUGCAAACGCACACUCAAUCCAAACCCCAUCUUUUCAGUCUGCAAACACACACUUAAUCCAGUCCAAUCUCCAUAUGUUCAAUCCGCAAACACGUACUCAAUCCAACCUGCACACACACAAUCCGCAAACACGUACUCAAUCCAACCUGCACAUACACACUCCACAAAUACGGACUCAAUCCAGACUAAACCUAACAUUAUACAAAUUGAAUUAGGAAAUUCAUUUGAAACAUUUGGAUCUAAUGAAACAAGUGAACCAUGAGUGAACCUAAUAAUUAAUUUUCAUUGUUUUUGUUUGCCAAAAAUUUUUUUGUCAGUGUCUGAUUUUUGUCUUUGAUAUCUUUAUUUUAGUUCAGUAAUUUGUGGUGAUUUGUGUUUAUUUUGUCAAUAAAAACCUUAAAAAUAUAACUAGCUUUACUUCAUCUUUUAGAACUUCAUUAGGAGCUCUAGAGACUUCCCGUAUAAUUCCUGAUAUAGAUGCUUUGGAGACUUUAAACAGAUAGUGUAGACUUCUGUAGCUAUCACCAGAUGCUAAAAAUCUUAGCGUUAUGAUAAGACGAAAUUAUGCUGGAAUAGCUUCUCUGAAAUCUGAAUCUUGCUUAGAAAUUAUCGGUGAA